AUGCGUCAGCUGUCAAGCCGUGCACACGCACACUACAGUCCUGUCUCUAUGCAAGAUUUGUUUGGACAACGAGAGCAUCAGAAAUUCCACAGAGACCCGGAACACUCAAAGUAUGGUGACUGUAGUGUUACUACCGUGAAGUUGGACUUAAGAGACCUGCUGAUAGGAGAGAAAGUCAUUUGAUAUUGAUUUUUACUAGCGGAGAGGACACGCGGUUUGUAGGUUUUCUCGUUUUCUCGUUGCUAAUACGCUAACCUCGGAGUUCUCCAGCCGGCUUCAUUAGCUUAGCUUAGCAAGCUAACGAGCUGAUGUAGCGACAGCUGCGGGGCGCUCAUUGAAAUGCGAUGGGACCUUGUCUGGAGGAAAAUUACUUUGGGAAAUUUUACUGACUGUCAUGAACCAUGUUGCUUGCUGUUGUGAAGCCGUAAUGGAUUCGUUAAGGUGAAGUGACACACAAGGAGGUUACCAGUCAGGUGGGGCUGCUCGGAUAGUUAUGAGCAGUUUCAACGUUACAACUAGAACCUCCACAUUUAGCUCAUCUUUGAGCGACGAUAGUAAGGUUUCAACGGUCAGCGUCCGAACCGCCAACAACAACAAGGACUGGGCUUUGGAAGGCGAUGUGUUCUCGUACUAUCACGAAAUGAGUCUCAUGAACGACACGAUGGAGGCAGGAAUGUCCUCCGUCCAGUCAGGACUGGAGGGACACCUGCCGCUUUUACACACCCGACACCACAGCACACAGGGCGGCUUGUUGUUGGACCUGAGCUCCCCGGAUUCCUACCUCGAAAGCAGUUCCCUGGAGUACAGCGACAACGAUGGCAACAACGCUGGUCCGUUGUUCGAGAGGAGGAAGAGGUCCAGGUCCAACAGCUCCAGACACCGAUUCAACGAGGUGGUCACGGAGCUCGGGCCGGAGGAGGUGCGGUGGUUUUUCAAAGAGGACAAGAAAACUUGGAAGCCCUUCGUCGGGCAUGACUCGCUUAAUAUUGAGCUCAUGUUUCGGAAGUACCUGGAGCUGAACCCUGGUGCUGCAAGCUCCCAGGUCAGCGGCAGAGAGGAGGGCGAGGAGGAGAGCAGAGGGCUAAACGGUGCAGUGCCAGUAGAGACCAGGACCAGUAGUGUGCACGGAGGCCGAGGGUCCCUGGACACGUCCACCGUGUCCUCUGAUGAGAGGGACCCUGACAACAUUGAGAUCAGCGUGGAGCCAGUGUGUGUUCGUGGAGGGCUCUAUGAGGUUGAUGUUAAAGACAAAGAAUGCUAUCCCGUCUACUGGAAGCAACAAGACCAUAUUCCAGUGAUGAGAGGCCAGUGGUUUAUUGAUGGUACCUGGCUCCCGUUAGAAGAAGAAGAGAGCGACCUCAUUGAGCAGGAGCACCUGAACCAUUUCCGUGGACAACAUAUGCAGGACACCUUUGAGACAGAUUUGAUUGUCAAGACUGUUGACAGCAAAGAUGUUCUCUCCCACCUACCCCCUUUCUACCUCCCUUUUCUGUUCAAAUGGAGUGGAUAUCAGACGAGUGCUAAAACUACAUGUCACAAGCGCAAACGCUGUCAAGCCAUCCACAGUCUGAAGCUGAGUCGAACACAUGUGGAUUGGCACAGUGUGGAUGAGAUCUACCUCUACAGUGAUGCCACCACUUCCAAAAUUGCACGCACCGUCACCCAGAAACUGGGCUUCUCCAAAGCUUCAAGCAGUGGCACACGGCUCCAUCGGGGUUAUGUUGAAGAGGCCUCACCUGAGGACAGACCCCCUCAAACUACACACAUCGUCUUUGUGGUCCAUGGAAUCGGACAGAAGAUGGACCAGGGUCGCAUUAUUAAAAACACUGGAAUGCUGAGGGAGGGUGUGAGGAAGAUGGAGGAGAAGCACUUUUCAGAGCACAAUGAAGAACACGUGGAGUUCCUGCCUGUCGAGUGGCGCUCGAAACUCGCACUGGAUGGAGAUACGGUCGACUCAAUCACACCAGACAAGGUGAGAGGACUGAGAGACCUUCUUAACAGCAGCGCCAUGGACAUCAUGUACUACAACAGCCCCCUUUAUCGGGAUGAAAUUACUAAGGGCCUAACACAAGAGCUGAACAAACUGUACACACUUUUCUGUGCACGGAACCCUGAAUUUGAGGAAAGGGGUGGCAAAGUGUCCAUCGUGUCUCACUCCCUCGGCUGCGUCAUCACCUAUGACAUUAUGACAGGAUGGGAUCCUGUUCGCUUCUGUCUGCAGGAGCAUCACGUAGUGGAGGAAGAACUGGACUUGCGCUGGAUGUCGUAUGAGGAGAGGAAUCUUUUAGAACAGCUGAGGCACACAAGGAAUAGGUUGCGAGAGCUGCAAAAUCAAGUCAUCACAUUGGAGGCCUCGAAGCCUUCAGCCCCUCCAGCUCUCAAAUUUAAGGUAGAAAACUUCUUCUGCAUGGGUUCUCCUCUGGCUGUGUUCUUGGCCCUGAGAGGGAUUCGUCCGGGCAGCAGCUGCCACCAGGACCACAUUUUGCCCACAUCCAUCUGCAGCAGGCUCUUCAAUGUCUUCCAUCCGACAGACCCUGUGGCCUACAGACUGGAGCCCCUCAUCCUCAAGCAUUAUAGCAAUAUUGCACCUGUUCAGAUACACUGGUGUAGCGCCACUAACCCUACACCUUACGAUGAGAUCCGGCCUACGUUCCUCAACCCAAUCAAAGAACCAACAUCUGACACUGAGAGCAUUCCCAGUCCGAGCACCUCUCCUGUCCUCCCCCGCAGACACUAUGGGGAGUCCAUCACCAGUCUGGGCAAGGCCAGCAUACUGGGAGCGGCAAGCAUAGGAAAGGGCAUCGGAGGCAUCCUCUUCUCGCGUUUCUCUCGCUCCAACAGCCAGCCCUCAGUGUCCUUAGGGCUUGAUGGAGGGGCGACUGCUGAAGAAGAUGAGCAGAAACGCACAGAAAGCCAGUCAGCAUACGGCCUCUCCACCAUGAUACGACCCACCUCACCUAUUAUUGACACAUCAUUGGAGCUGGAGCGGCGCAUCGACUUUGAGCUCAGAGAAGGUCUGGUGGAGAGCCGCUAUUGGUCGGCAGUGACCUCGCACACAGGCUACUGGUGCUCUCAUGACAUAGCUCUCUUCUUGUUAACCUUCAUAUACAAACAGAAGACGACACCCGCUGGCCCAGCAGAAGAUACGCCGGAGCCAGACUGAGGCAGCACAUUUGUUACAACACACACACACACACACACACACACACACACACACACGCUCACACUUGAAUGGUGUCUUAUAAUGCUGAAGGUGUUUGUCAUCUUCUCAACAAGCUCAUUUUCAGAUACACUAAUUUUCCCUUUAUCUCCUUGUGAUCUAGCUCUUUCAACACUUUGGAAUCAUUACUAACAAACUGACUCAAAACUUCAUUCCAAAAUGUGCAUUUUUGUCUCUUUGUGUUUUGUUUGCACACAUUUGCACACCCUAAGGGUGACAGUUAUAGACCAGGAACCCCUAAGGAGGUGCACCAUUUGCCAGUAUGACCGCAGGCUACAUGUAAAUAUGGAAUACGAGCCUAAUGAGUGUGAUGCUUGGGAGUUUGUUGCAUCUGGUGGAUAGACUUCUAACUUCAUUAUCUAACCUAUCCUUAAGUCAAACAGCUGCAGCAUGUUGAUAAAGUGUCCAUGUGUUUCCUGUUAAUCAGUGCUUAAAUCCAGACACUCUCCCACCGACUCGACCAGGAGCCUUGUCACACAUUUGCCUGACCCUCAGUCACUGAGGUCUCAAGUUCUGUCUGAUCUUUUCAACUUUUUCUUUGCUAUAAAGGAAAGAGAAAGUAACUUUCAAAACAAUUGUUUUGUUUUUUCUUUAAGGGUUUAGCUACUACUUGUCAAAAAGCUAAUGCUGAAAAACAGCGCAAUGCCUUUCAAAAUUAGCCAAACAAUGUUAUUCAUUUUGAAUAUUUUCAAUAUUCUUUGGCACAGAAUCAAAACAACAUAGGGCAUUAUCCCUUUAAUAUUGUCUUGGCAAUAAGAAAAGUAACUGACCAUUUUAUUUUUAGUUUGUUUUUCUUAAUUUUUUUAUAUCCACUUCUAAUGCAAAUAGUUUCAUUCUACAAAUAAAUCUACACCAAAUAGCAUGAGCAAAGCAAUCAUUUUAUAUAUUACAGACAGAUUCAAGUGGAGCAGAGUUUUCCUUUAUGUUGAUAUUCAGUAGCAGAACAGUACAGUUUUUGCUCUAAUACAUAGGACAAAUGUCUGUUGCUGACACAACAGUUCCAGCUAAAUAUCCUCAUGAGAUUUCAUGUUGCAUAUUAUGGAGGUUUACAGGCACAUGAUGCUUGUUUAAUAACAGGCAUAUCUUCAUUGUUAAACAACAGUCCGAUAUGUUUAGUUAACAGUUUAUGGUUUCAAAUUACUCUUAAAAUCUUGAUGUCAUUUACAAAUCAAGUUCUCAUUCAAAACAGUCACUCAUUCAAUCUAGAGUCAUACUUCUAUUUUCAAUAUAAGUUAUGAAGAGGUUUUUGUGCUCAUAUCUUUUUAUUAAUAUUCAGAUAAAAUCAGUGGUAUACUAGAUGUAUUUUUUCUUAAAAAAAUUAAUAUUUUUCUUAGCAAUUUUCAGGCUCUUGAGGAUAUAAACCUGGAUCUCAUCUUGGUUAAAAAUGGGAUUCCAACUUGUGGCCAAAUAACUUUUAUGUGUCUAACUUGUUCGCUGCUUAGCUUUAGUCAUGCUAAGGCUAAUGCACCAGCCAUGAAAAUGUAAUUGGCCAAGGUAAAAACAAAUAAUUAUUUUUUAAUUUAGGCUUUUGUAAUAUGUUGCACACAAAAGUUAACUGCAUCUUGUUCACCUUGUUGUCACUUUCCCCUUUUGAGCAAAGAAUAUGUCCGUUUGUCUUUAUAUUUGUGUAAAAGAGGGGUUUCUUUAUUCUUAAAAACCUGCAUGUGCCAGUCAUUUGACUGUGUGAUUGCCUAACUGACUACUUACAAAUUCAUUCAUGAAAGAAAAAACAAAGGGUAACUGGGGACAGCAAAUGAUUUGUCUUCUGAACAGGAUUUUUGACUUGGGUUUACCAGAGCAUAUAUAUAAAUAAAAAUACUGAUAGAACUUACAUUAGUUCAUCGUCCUGGUAAAAAAAUUCUGCAGAAAUUAGAAUGCUUCCUCACUUUGCAUGGUGUCAUAUUAAUAGCAAAUGGAUGUUGGAACAAGAAAAUAGUGCAGAGUGCCAACACACGUCUAAGAAACUUUGUUAUAACUAUAAAACCACUCGUGAUCAUUUAUGGAUUUCUAAUGAAGUCAUUUUAAAUACAUUCGCAAUGGAUGACGAAAUGGAACUGUCCUCAUAUUAAUGUUCACCGAGUCACGUGACAGACUUUAUUACUGUCGGUGUCAAAUUCAAUUUGUGUCCUGCUUGUUGUAAUAUCAUAGUUAUCAAAGAGCUUAUUUUUCAUUUGUUAUGGUGCAAGCUGCAGCUUUACUCUUCCACACGAGGGCUGUAGCUGACUGGUCCACCACUUAAUGAAGUCAAUGUUUUUGGUGUUUAAUGUCUGCGUUGUGUGUGCAAAGACUUACUGACUAAAACCAGGCUGCCUUGAUGAGAUGGCCCAAUAGGUAACCAGGAAGUAGAAUGGAAGCUGGGACAAAUAAGGGAGAGUGAUAUGAAAGUGUUCUUUUUGAGCUGGUGGAUCUUGCACAUUCAUUUGCAAUGAAUUGCACUGAAGCUAUGUUUAAAAAAAAGCCCAUUUUAUUUAUUCGUUUUUGCUAAGCAUGUGUAGAGAUGCAUAGAUGCAGAAAGUGAUUUCAACAUGUUACUGGGUAGGAGUCCUGGAGAUAUUACAUAUGUAGAGCAAAACACAGUAGCAAUCCCAUUGUUGCCUCUGCAUCUUUAAAACCACACUUUGUGGGUUCAGACAAAUACGUACUGUCGGGGUGUGGACAGAACAGUGUAACAAUAACAAUGUUCCUGCCAUUGUUUGUGAUUUGGCCGUGUUUCCAAAAUGGAUGUAAAAUCUGCACAUUUUGCAUUAUAGCAAUUUUUGAUUCAAGCACAGAUUUUCAAAUGUGUUCACUUUGCUUGCUGCAAAGAAAAAAACGAGCAAGCUAACUGGAGAGCAUUACAGAGAAUUUUGUUAAAACACAUUGUAAUUUUGACGAUGUGAGCAUUUAAUGUACAGCAUUUUGAACGACGACAGUCUAUUUUUCUUGUUAAAGGCACCACAAGCAUCAGGGAAAUGUCUGCUGUUACAUGUUUUGUAGAUUCGACACUCUUGUUGAUGCCAGAUUGAAGCCAUUAUUGAGUAAAACAAUUCAGCACAGAUGUCACUCUUUAAAAUGUUCACAAGUGGAUGAAGAAGUUGCGUAUGGCUUGCGGCCAUACGUAGUCAAACGUGGGGGGUGAAAAGAGAUGCACAUUAAAACUUACUGUGGGUUGAGUGAAAUGUGUUAAACAGGUAACACUGUUGCUUCGACUUUGAUCGGAUGUCUGGAAAAGUGUUCUGUUUCUGUCCCUAGAGCUGUGCAAUAACCCAUGCCUGUAAUGGAUUCUAACUGCCAUCCAAAGCACUGUAUUUAUUUCCUUUUAUUAAAGCAUUUCUUUUUGGAUACAAUCA